AUGCAUUGCGGGCUGCUGGAGGAGCCUGAUAUGGAUUCCACAGAGAGUUGGAUUGAAAGAUGCCUCAACGAGAGUGAGAGCAAGCGAUACUCCAGUCACACGUCUCUGGGGAACAUGUCCAAUGAUGAACAUGAAGAAAAAGAAAACAACAGAGCUUCUAAACCACAUUCGACACCGGCUACUCUGGAAUGGCUAGAAGAGAACUAUGAGAUAGCAGAAGGUGUGUGUAUCCCACGAAGUGCCCUCUACAUGCAUUAUCUAGACUUCAGUGAAAAGCACGACACACAGCCUGUGAACGCGGCCAGCUUUGGAAAGAUCAUACGGCAACAGUUUCCAGCGUUGACUACCAGAAGACUGGGGACAAGAGGGCAGUCUAAGUAUCACUACUACGGCAUAGCGGUGAAGGAGACCUCUCAGUAUUAUGACGUGAUGUACUCCAAAAAGGGAGCGGCAUGGGUGAACGAGACGGGCAAGAAAGAGGUCACGAAGCAGACAGUGGCGUAUUCACCGCGCUCCAAACUGGGGACGCUCCUGCCAGAGUUUCCAAAUGUCAAAGACCUAAAUUUGCCUGCCAGCCUGCCAGAAGAGAGGGUGUCAACCUUCAUCAUGAUGUACAGAACGCACUGUCAGAGGAUACUGGACACUGUUAUUCGAGCCAACUUUGAUGAGGUCCAAAGCUUCUUACUGCACUUCUGGCAGGGCAUGCCGCCCCACAUGCUCCCUGUCCUCGGCUCCACCACGGUGGUGAACAUAGUUGGUGUUUGUGACUCUAUCUUAUACAAGGCCAUCUCUGGGGUGCUGAUGCCCACUGUCCUGCAAGCACUGCCUGAUAGUUUGACUCAGGUUAUCCGAAAAUUUGCCAAACAGCUCGACGAGUGGCUAAAAAUAGCACUUCACGACCUUCCUGAAAACCUGAGGAAUAUCAAAUUUGAAUUGUCCAGGAGAUUUUCUCAGAUUCUAAAGCGGCAAACAUCAUUAAACCAUCUAUGUCAGGCAUCGCGGACUGUGAUAAACAGUGCCGACAUCACCUUUCAAAUGCUGGAGGACUGGAGGAAUGUGGACUUGAACAGCAUCACCAAGCAGACACUUUACACCAUGGAGGACUCACAAGAGGAGCACAGGCAGCUUAUUAUCCACUUGUAUCAGGAGUUUGACCGUCUUUUGGAGGAGCAGUCUCCGAUCGAGGCAUACAUUGAGUGGCUGGACUCCAUGGUGGACCGCUGUGUCGUCAAGGUGGCAGGGAAGAGGCCCGGGUGCCUGAAGAAGGUGGCCCAGCAGUUUCUUCUGAUGUGGUCGUGUUUCGGUACCAGAGUCAUCCGGGAUAUGACCCUCCACAGCGCGCCCAGCUUUGGGUCCUUCCACCUGAUCCACCUCAUGUUUGAUGAUUAUGUGCUUUACCUGCUGGAGUCCCUGCACUGCCAGGAGAAGGCCAACGACCUCAUGAGGGCCAUGAAGGGAGAGGGCAGCACAGCAGAGAGAGAGGAGGAAUUCACACUGACAGAAACCACCCCCACCUCUCCAUCUCCAGGAUCCUUCUCUCCCGCUCGGUCGGUCCACUCUGUGGGAGUUCCCUCGGCCAGCUCCCCCAUAGCAGCCGUGUCCCCGGAGUACACCGGAGUCACCUCCACCACAGGCGCUGUUCAGUCAUAUACCUGGUCCCUUACAUACACAGUGACAACAGCCGGCGGCUCCACUCCAGAGGCCGGACAGCAGCUGUCCUGUAUGAGGAGCAGCGCUCCAGUCCCACCUCCAUCCCCCGCCCACCGGAUGCCAGUCUACGCCCACAGAGAGGAGCAUGGGUAUACUGGUAGCUACAACUAUGGCAGCUAUGCCAACCAGCAUCCUCACUCAAUCCAGAGCCAGUAUCCCAGUCUGGCCCAUGAGCCGGCGAUCCCAGCCCCCCUACACUACUCCGCCUACCACCGGUCGUCUGCACAGUACCAGCUCAACGGCCAGAUGUCUCGAAUGGAGCCGUGCUUGAUGGGCAGCACACCUCGGUUGCACCCUGCACCCGUCGCCCCCCGGUGGCCAGAUGUGUCGCCAGCUAACAGCUGUUACACCAGCCCACCUAUGCAUUCAUCCCGCUAUGCCACUUCUGGGGACAUGUACUCUCCCCUGGGCCCGCGCAGGAACUCAGAGUACGAACACUCGCAACAUUUCCCCGGCUUUGCCUACAUCAACGGAGAGGCUACCACAGGCUGGGCAAAAUAGCCUGCAAACUCUUCUUUGGAUAGCUGUAUACAAGCUGCAGGCCUGCCAAACUGGUGGAUGCAAAGUCUCUGAACACUUCCAAUCAAGUAUAUCAGAAAAGGAGGAGCAGAGGGUGGAGAGUACCAAUGCAAGGUAAUAGGAAUCAUGGUAUGGACGUACUGACAAUUUGAAAAGACUCAUGACAUUAACCACUCUGAUGAUUGUGGUGUAAUAUGUGCUGAGGUUUAAUGAAAUUUCAACAAUUGAUGUUUUUGCUCACUGCUGGAAGAAAAAAAAUCAAUUAAAAUCAUAUAGAUUGUCAAAACUUGCAGCAAAAUCAUUUUAAGAGUGCAAUGCUGCUGCCAAGCUGUGCCUUUGUUUUAAGGAAUGUACACCUCUGCCAGAGUUUCCCUCGUCAGUCUCACAAGUCAGCACACAGAUCAUCCGACCAACUCUCAGUCGGUUUUGUCAGUGACUGGCGGAUCAGUGUGCUGUAAGCUUUUACUGACACCAGUACAAUCUCAGUGACACCGCUGUCUCCUCUUCUUGCUCAGCACUGUGCAGCAUCUUGUCAUGGGCUCGUCGCAGCAGAUUUGUUUGCUGUAGGAUGUGGAUGAACUGUUCUGCCUUAACGUUCUUUUGAAACAGUGGCAAAAAGCCAAAACAUACAACGUCAUAUAAACUCAUGAAAGACCUUGUUAUUGUUAAGGUGUCUACAUCUUGGAUAAUUUUUUUUAAUAAUUGAAUGCUGUGACUCAAAAAGAAUUGUAUCCUGUCGCAAGCCUU